UUUACCUCAGAGCUUUUUCUUCUCCCAACGAGGAAGGACCGAGAAGGAAGGAGGGAAGAAGGCCUUCCACUGAAAGAGGUGCUCAUAGGUCCAAAAUUGGCCUGGAUGAUCUCCAGACACACAGAGGGAGGAGAAUCUGCACCGAAUUCCUCCUUUGUUGAAGAAGCUGCAAGAACGAUGUCCUUGGAACAGGUGACCUUUAAGGAUGUGGCCAUAUAUUUCACAGAGGAUGAGUGGAGAUUGCUGGACAAGAACCAAAGGACCUUGUAUGAGGAGGUCAUGAUUGAAACCUAUGAGAACGUCACCUGCCUGAGUUUCAAUCAGAAAACAGCCCGUCAGCAGGAUAGCUACGAAACAUUACCUCGCUGUGGUGCUUCACAUGACUGUUCACAAGACAUUUCAACCUCAUUUUGCGAAAGAGAAUUAGUUAAAAUAUUUUCCCAGCAUUCCAUUAGCAAUUUCCUAAAAAGUCCCCUUUCAGUGAGAACAGCUGGAAAAAAGGAAGUAAAGGAAGAGGAUAGACAACGAGAAGUCAAAAAGAAGGGAAAGAGAAAGAGAAAAGGUAAAAUAUGGAGACUAGCCGAAAUCCGUGACCUUUUAGUUAUAUGGGGACAGCAGAAAUAUCAAGACACCCUGCAGGUGAUGCACAGGAAUAUUGAGGUAUUUCAAGAAAUUGCUGCUGAAAUGAAGGCAAGAGGGCACAACAGGAACGCGGAGGAAUGCAGGGCCAAGUCCAAAAUGAUGCGGCUAAAAUUUAAGGAGGUCUUCGACCAUAACCAGAAAUCUGGAAAUGCUCCAAAAACCUGCCUGUUCUACAAAGAACUAGAAGUUAUUUUGCGGAGAGAUGCCAGCACAGAACCAGCAAUAUUGUCUCAGAGUUUGCCAAUACGUUGGGUGCAAGGAAACAAAGAAGGAGACGCACCGGCAAUUCUGGAAGUCGAAGAAACAUGCUCUCAGGAAUCCAUCGGAUUGUCCCCAUCACUACUGGAUGCCCAGGUGGACACAGAAGAGGCAGCGGCCGAAGGGGAAUUUGACGUGAAUAUCGUUCUGGUUUCUCCACAAUCCACACCCCAGCGACCUUCUUUUGGAGGAGAUGAGAAGACUGUUGUCAGCCUUCUGGCAUAUCCAGUUGGAGAAGCAGAAGCAGGCAUCAAUCAGAAAGCAGCACUUCAGCAGGAUAGCUACGAAAGAUUACCUCACUCUGGUACUUCAAAUUACUGUUCAACAUCAGUUCAUGAAAGCGGAGUAGUUAAAAUAUUUUCCCAGCAUUCUGCUAGCAAUUUCCUAGAAAGCCCUCCUUCAGUGAGAAUAGCUGGACCAAAGAAAGGAAAGGAUGAGGAUGGACAACGAGGAGAAGCCCAAAAAAAGGAAAAGAGAAAAGGUAUUCUGUGGAAACUUGCCGAAAUCCGUGCCCUUUUAGAUAUAUGGGGACAGCAGAAAUUUCAAGAUGCCCUGCAAGGGGUGCACAGGAAUAUUGAGGUAUUUGAGGAAAUUGCUUCUGAAAUGAUGGCAAGAGGGCACGACAGGAAUGCGGAGGAAUGCAGGACAAAGGCCAAAAUGAUGCGACUAAAAUUUAAGGAGGUCUUCGACCAUAACCAGACACCUGGAAAUACUCCAAAAACGUGCUCGUUCUACAAAGAAUUAGAAGCUAUUUUACGGAGAGAUGCCAACACAGAACCAGCAAGAUUAUCUCAAAGUUUGCCAAUAUGUUGGGUGCAAGGAAACGAAGAAGGAGAAACAUCAGUAGUUCCAGAAGUUGAGAAGACACGCUUUCCGGAAUCCAUUGGCUUGUCCCAGAUUGAUACCCAGAUUGCCACAGAAGUGUCAGAGGUAGAAGUGGAAUUUGGCGUGAAUAUAGUCAUGGUUUCUCCAGCCCUUACUGAAUCUCCACAGUUCAUACCUGUGCAAACGCCUUUUGGAGAUCAUGAAAAGAUUGGUGUCAGCCUUCCAGCACAUUCAUUGGGAGAACCAGAAGCAGGCAUCAGUCAGAAAACAGCACUUCAACAGGAUUGCUACGAAAGACUACCUCCCUCUGGUACAUCACAUUACUGUUCACAAGACGUUUCAACAUCAUUUUGUAAAAAAGGAUUAGUUAAUAUGAUUCCCCAGCAUUCCACUAGCAAUUUCCUAGAAUGCCCCCCUUCAGUGAGAACAGUCGGUGAAAAGGAAGGAAAGAAUGAGGAUAGACAACAAGAAGUCCACAAAAGGGGAAAAGGAAAAGAUAUUAUGUGGAAACUGGACGAAAUCCGCGAUCUUUUAGAUAUCUGGGGACAGCAGAGAUUCCAAGAUGUCCUGCAGGUGAUGCACAUGAAUAUUGAGGUAUUUGAGGAAAUUGCCUCUGAAAUGAUGGCAAGAGGGCACGACAGGAACGCGGAGGAAUGCAGGACAAGGGCCAAAAUGAUGCAACAAACGUUUAAGGAGGUCCUCGCCCAUAAUAACAUUUCUGGAAAUGCUCCAAGAAUCUGCCCAUUCUACAAAGAAUUAGAAGUGAUUUUGCUGAGAGAUGCCGGCACAGAAUCUCAAAGUUUGCCAAUACGAUGGGUGCAAGGAAACAAAGAAGGAGAAGCAUCAGCCGUUCUGGAAGCUGAAGGAACAUGCUGUCAGGAAUCCAUCGGACUGUCCCCAUCAUUACUUGAUGCCCAGAUUGCUACAGAAGAGGCAGCGGCUGAGGAGGAAUUUGACAUGAAUAUAGUCCUAGUGUCUCCAGCCCUUUCAGAAUCUCCGCAAUCCACACCCGUGCAAACACCUUUUGGAGAAGGCGAAAAGGCUGAUGUAAGCCUUCCAGCAGAUCCAGUUGGAAAACCAGAAGCAGGCAUCCAUCAGAAAACAGCACUUGAACAGGAUUGCUACGAAAGAUCAUCUCCCUCUGGUUCAUCACAUUACUGUUCACAAGACAAUUCAACAUCAUUUUGUCCAAGAGGAUUAGUUAAUAUGAUUUCCCAGCGUUCCACUAACAACUUCCUAGAAUGCCCCUCUUCAGUGAGAACAGUUGGAGAAAAUGAAGGAAGCGAUGAGGAUAGACAACCAGAAGACAAAAGAAAGGGAAAGCUAAGAGGUAAAAUAUGGAGACUCGCUGAAACCCGUGCCCUUUUAGAUAUCUGGGGACAGCAGAACGUUCAAGACGCCCUGCAAGUGAUGCAUAGAAAUCUUGAGGUAUUUGAGGAAAUUGCUGAUGAAAUGAUGGCAAGAGGGCACGACAGGAACGCGGAGGAAUGCAGGGCUAAGGUCAAAAUGAUGCGACUUAAGUUCAAAGAAGUCCUCGCCCAUAACAAGAAAUCUGGAAAUGCUCCAAAAACAUGCCUGUUCUACAAAGAAUUAGAAGCUAUUUUACUGAGAGAUGCCAGCUCAGAGCCAGCGAGAUUGUCUCAAAGUUUGCCAAUACGUUGGGUGCAAGGAAGCAAAGGAGGAGAAGCACCAGCACUUCCAAAAGUGAAAGAAACAUGGUCUCAGGAAAUCAUCGGACAGACCCCAUCACGACUUGAUGCCCAGAUGGCCACAGAAGAUGCAAGGACAAGAGAGGAAUUUGACGUGAAUAGAGUCCUGGUUUCUCCAGGCCUUACUGAACUUCCACAAUCCACACUACUGCGACCUUCUUUUGGAGGACGUGAAAAGAGUGGUUCUGGAGAACCAGAAGCAGGUAUCAAUCAGAAAACUUCACAAGACGUUGCAACAUCAUUUUGUAAAAGAGGAGUAGUUAAAAUAUUUUCCCAGCAUUCUGCUAGCCGUUUCCUAGAACGCCCUCCUUCGGUGAGAGCAGCCGGAGAAAAGGAAGGAAAGGAUGAAGAUAGACAACGAGGAGUCCAAAAAAAGGGAAGGAGAAGAGGUAGAAUGUGGAGACUACCCGAAACCUGUGACCUUCUAGAUAUCUGGGGACAGCAGAACUUUCAAGACGCCCUGCACGUGAUGCACAGGAAUAUUGAGGUAUUUGAGGAAAUUGCCAUUGAAAUGCGGGCAAGAGGGCACAACAGGAACGCGGAGGAAUGCAGGGCCAAGGCCAAAAUGAUGCGGCUUAAAUUUAAGGAGGUUUUCGACCACAACCAGACACCUGGAAAUACUCCAAAAACUUGCUCGUUCUACAAAGAAUUGGAAGUUAUUUUGCGUAGAGAUGCCAGCACAGAGCCAGCAAUAUUGUCUCAGAGUUUGCCAGUACGUUGGGUGCAAGGAAACAAAGAAGGAGAUGCAUCAGCAGUUCUGGAAGUUGAAGAAACAAGCUCACAGGAAUCCAUUGGAUUGACCCCAUCACUACUUGAUGCUCAGGUGGACACAGAAGAGGCGAUGACAAAAGAGGAAUUUGAUGUGAAUAGAGUCCUGGUGUCUCCAGGACUUACUGAAUCUCCACAAUCUACUCCACUGCGACCUUCUUUUGGAGGACAUGAAAAGAGUGGUGUCAGCCUUCCAGCACAUUCACUUGGAGAACCAGAAGCAGAUAUCAAUCGGAAAACAGCACUUCAACAGGAUUGCUAUGAAAAUAUACCCCACUCUGGUACAUCACAUUAUGGUUCACAAGACAUUUCAACAUCUUCUUGUAAAAGAGAAGCAGUUAAAAUAGUUUCCCAGCAUUCCUCUAGCAAUUUCCUAGAAAUCCUCCCUUCAGUAAGAACAGCUGGAGAAAAGGAAGUAAAGGAAGAGGAUAGAGAAGAAGAAGUCCAAAAAAAGGGGAGAGGAAACGGGAUUAGGUGGAACCUAGACGAAACCCUUGACCUUUUAGAUAUAUGGGGAAAACAGAAUUUUCAAGAUGACCUGAAGAUGCUACACAUGAAUAUUGAGAUAUAUGAGGAAAUUGCUACUGAAAUGAGGUCAAGAGGGCACGACAGGAACGCGGAGGAAUGCAGGGCAAAGGCCAAAAUGAUGCGACUAAAAUUUAAGGAGGCCUUCGACCAUAAUAAGAUAUCUGGAAAUGCUCCAAGAUCUUGCUCAUUCUACGAAGAAUUGGAAGUUAUUUUACGGAGAGAUGCCAGCACAGAACCAGCGGAAUUAACUCACGGUUUGCCAAUACGUUGGGUGCAAGGAAAGGAAGAAGGAGAAGCAUCUGCAGUUCCAAAAGUUGAAGAAACAUGGUCUCAGGAAUCCAUCGGACUGUCCCCAUCACUGCUUGAUUCCCAGAUUGCCACAGAAGAGGCAACUACAAAAGAGGAAUUUGACAUGACUAGAGUCCUGGUGUCUCCAUCCCUUACUGAAUCUCCACAGUCCACACCCCUGCGACCUUAUUUUGGAAGACAUGAAAAGACUGAGGUCAGCCUUCCAGAAGAUCCAGUUGUAGAACCAGAAGCAGAGGCAACAGCAAAAGAGGAUUUUGAUGUGAAAAGAGUCCUUGUGUCUCCAUCCCAAACUGAAUCUCCACAAUCUACAGCCAUGCAAAUGCUUUUUGGAGGACAUGAAAAGACUCAUGUCAACCUUCCAGCACAUUCAGUUGGAGAACCAGAAGCAGGUAUCAGUCAGAAAACAGCACUUCAGCAGGAUUGCUGUGAAAAAUUACCAUGCUGUGGUACUUCACAUUACUGUUCACAAGACAUGUCAACAUCAUUUCUUAUAAAAGAACUAAUUAAACUACUUUCCCAGCAUUCUGGUAGCAAUUUCCUAGACUACCUCCCUUCACUGAGAGCAGAUGGGCAAAAGGAAGGAAUGGAUGAAGACAGACCACAAGAAGUCCAAAGAAGGGGAAAGGGAAGAGGAAAAGGUAUUAGGUGGAAACUAGGUGAAACCCGUGACCUUUUAGAUAUCUGGGGACAGCAGAAAUAUCAGGAUGCCCUGCAUGGGGUGCACAGGAAUAUUGAAGUGUUUCAGGAAAUUGCUGUUGAAAUGAGGACAAGAGGGCACAACAGGGAUGCGGAGGAAUGCAGAGCAAAGGCCAAAAAGAUGCGACUGACCUUUACGGAGGUCCUCGCCCAUAACAAUGUACCUGGAAAUGCUCCAAUAACUUGCCCCUUCUACAAAGAAUUAGAAGCUAUUUUGCUAAGAGAUGCCAGCGCAGAAUCAACAAGAUUAUCUCAAAGUUUGCCAGUACAUUCAGUGCAAGGAAAUGAAGAAGGAGAAGCGUCAGCAGUUCUGGAAGUGGAAGAGACAAGCUCUCAGGAAUCCAUCGGACUGUCCCCAUCGUUACUUGAUGGCCAGGUGGCCACAGAAGAAGCAUCAGCAAAAGAGGAAUUUGAUGUGAACAGAGUCCUGGUGUCUCCAGGCCUUACUGAAUCUCCACAAUCCACACCCAUGCAAACACCUUUUGGAGGACACGAAAAGACUGGUGUCAGCCUUCCGGCACAUCCACUGGGAGAACCAGAAGCAGGCAUCAAUCAGAAAACAGCACUUCAGCAGGAUUGCUAUGAAAAAUUACCUUGCUGUGGUUCUUCACAUUACUGUUCCCAAGACAUGUCAACAUCAUUUCUUAAAACAGAACUGAUUAAACUACUUUCCCAGCAUUCUGCCAGCAAUUUCCUAGAAUUACUGUCUUCACUGAGAACAAUUGGGCGAAAGGAAGGAGCGGAUGAAGAUAGACAACAAGAGGUCAAAAGAAAGGGAAAGGGAAAAGGUAUUACGUGGAAAGUACACGAAACCCGUGACCUUUUAGAUAUCUGGGGACAGCAGAAAUUUCAAGAUGCCUUGCAGGUGAUGCACAGAAAUAUUGAGGUAUUUGAGGAAAUUGCCUCUGAAAUGAUGGCAAGAGGGCACGACAGGAAUGCCGAAGAAUGCAGGACAAAGGCCAAAAAGAUGCGACUGACAUUUAAGGAGGUCCUCGCCCAUAACAACACACCUGGAAAUGCUCCAAGAACAUGCCCUUUCUACAAAGAAUUAGAAGUUAUUUUACACGGAGAUGCCGGCACAGAAUCAACAAGAUUAUCUCAAAGUUUGCCAAUACUUUCGGUGCAAGGAAACGAAGAAGAAGAAGUAUCAGGAGUUCCAGAAGUUGAAGAAACAAGCUCUCAGGGAUCCAUCGGAUUGUCCCCAUCAUUACUUGAUGCCCAGAUGGCCACAGAAGAAGAAGAAGGAGCCCCUACUGUGGCACCACUAUCGCCAGGAACACACUUGCAUAACAUGAGAACAAGGAGCCAAGGAGGAAAGCGCAGGAAAGCGCUCGUAUGAUGCCAAAUGAACAGAUACCCCCCUCCAAAAAACCACCAAAACCAUGAAGCCAUCCUGCAUGACAUGGUGGAAUCAUAGAAUCAUGGAAUCCUAGAGUUGGAAGAAACCUUGUGGGUCAUCUAGUCCAACCCCAUUCUGCCAAGAAGCAGGAAAAUCGCAUUCAAAGCACCCCUGACAGAUGGCCAUCCAGUCUCUUCUUAAAAGCCUCCAGAGAAGGAGCCUCCACCACACUUCGAGGCAGAGAGUUCCACUGCUGAACAGCCCUUCUCACAGUGAGGAAGUUCUUCCUCAUGUUCAGGUGGAAUCUCCUUCCUUUCCUGUAGUUUGAAGCCCUUGUUCCAUUGCGUCCUAGUCUCCAGGGCAGCAGAAACUAAGCUAGCUCCCGCCUCCCUAUGACUUCCCCCUCUCAUAUCUUGAUCCGUGGCCCUCACCAUGUCUCCUCUUUCUCAGCCUUCUCUUCUGCAGGCUAAACAGGCCCAGCUCUUUCAGCCACUCCUCAUGGGGAUUGUUCUCCAGACCCCUGACCCUUCGAGUCGCCCUCCUCUGGACACAUCUUGAUCCCUGGCCCUCAUCAUGUCUCCUCUCUCUCAGCCUUCUCUUUUGCAGGCUAAACAUGCCCAGCUCUUUAAGUGGAGGACAGGACCACGUUACAGAGUCUCUCUAAAUUACUGGAGGAGAGCAGAGCAAAGUUUCAAGAAACAGAAACAAAACUGGACCAGUUGUUAGGACUUGUGAAAACAAUAAUAGAGAACCACAAAUCCAUCUUCAGCUGUCAGUCCAACUCCACCAGUUUGGGAAACAACCAAGAAACCUGUUGAACAAUUAAAAAAACAACAAAUGUCUAAGAAAGAUAAACUCCAAAGGAGAAAAGUUAAGUACCAAUAUAGGAAGAAUACAACCACCAAGUGCGGAAAGUUUAGUAAGUGCUGCAUUUCCAGUGCCAUAGGUUCCAGUGUUUUCAUGGAGUCGCAGCAGGGUCAGUAUGCCAACAUGUACCAAUCGGUCCUAGCAGUGUGUUUUCUGGGCUGUCUGGCCAUGUUCCAGAAGCAUUCUCUCCUGACGUUUCGCCCACAUCUAUGGCAGGCAUCCUCAGAGGUUGUGAAGUUUCUUGGAAACUAGACAAGUGGGGUUUAUAUAUCUGUGGAAUAAUGUCCAGGGUGGGAGAAAGAACUCUUGUCUGUUGUAGGCAGGUGUAGAUGUUGCCAUUGGACUCCUUCAUUAGCAUUGAAUGGCCUUGCAGCUUCCAAGACUGGCUGCUUCCUAGCAGUACUACACCUAUGGAAGUUCCUGGGCACCAGGUGGUAUUUAGUAAAAUACACCGACCACUGCCGAUGUUGAAGCAGAUGAUACUUCCAAUAUUUGCAAGGGGCACAGGGAAAGAAAGAAGAAACCGGUUUUCUUUCCCUAAAAAAAAGAAUUUCUAUUUCUUCUCAUUGGAGGCUUUUUUGAUAUAAAAUUUUUAUACUGCCUAAGAACUAUAACUCGUAGGUUUAUUUUCAAGAACGGUUUAUAAAGUUUUGUUAUUCCACAGUGACACGUCAAACCAUUAAAACAACUUUUGAUAGGAAAGAAUUUCAGCUUCUGAAAUGAUUAUACAGUAGAGUCUCACUUAUCCAAGCUAAAUGGGCUGGCAGAACCUUGGAUAAGCAGAUAUCUUGGAUAAUAGGGAGGGAUUAAGGAAAAGCCUAUUAAACAUCAAAUUAGGUUAUGAUUUUACAAAUGAACCACGAAAACAUCAUGUUAUACAACAAAUUUGACAGAAAAAGUAGUUCAAUACACAGUAAUGUUAUGUUGUAAUUACUGUAUUUACGAAUUUAGCACCAAAAUAUCACGAUAUAUUGAAAACAUUGACUACAAAAAUGCAUUGGAUAAUCCAGAACCUUGGAUAAGUGAAGCUUGGAUAAGUGAGACUCUACUGUAUAUAGUUCUUUCUGAUUUGAAUGUCAGUAUGUAUCGUUACUGUUAUAUUUAUAUUUCCAGACAAGUAGUAUUUAUUUAUAUAUUCUCUCAAGAAAAGUUAUAUAAUUACUUUAACACCAGGACAGCAUUGCAAUGGAUCACUACUCAUAAUCAAGCAAUAAAGGUUUUUAGUGACUUUAUGAUAACAGUAGUGUUAAAAGGGGAAAAAAUAAUUGUUUUAUAUAUAUUAAAAGCACAUAACAAGUUC